CUGACAGCUCCAGCUGUUAUACAGAGAGACUGCCCUGACGGUUCCAGCUGUUAUACAGAGACUGCCCUGACAGCUCCAGCUGUUAUACAGAGAGACUGCCCUGACGGUUCCAGCUGUUAUACAGAGAGACUGCCCUGACAGCUCCAGCUGUUAUACAGAGAGACUGCCCUGACAGUUCCAGCUGUUAUACAGAGAGACUGCCCUGACAGUUCCAGCUGUCACACAGAGAGACUGUCCUGACUAAACGAAAGCACUGAUCUGCUGUUAUACAGCGAGACCGCUGCCAGAUUGUGACUAUUGCGUAUUUAUUGACGAAUGCAGCUAGGGGUGUAACCUGUGCACGAUGCAGAGAGACUGCUGGAGAGCGCAGCAUGCUGUAUAGACACGCAGGAGACCUGAUAUACUGAGAGACAUCUGUGUAAAUGGAGACAGGCGCAAUACAUGAGACUGAGAAAAGAGACAGAGCCCUGCUGCUCCUGUGGACAUAAGAAGACAGCACUCAUUAAAUGCAAAAUGUGAAGCCAGCCGAGGAGAGUAUGAGCUCUUUGGGCCAAACCAAAAAAGAGACACCCAGAGACUUGGCUAAUGGUGCGGGACAGAGCAUCACGCGAGACAUACCGAGUAAUGCAGGGAAGAAGACUCUCGGGGAGACACAGAAAGGACAGGCUAAUGGGGGUCAACAGAGCACCGUCAGAGCGCUCCCAAGGGCUACAUCCAAUGGUGCGGGCACCGGCUUCAUCAGCGAGACACCCAGGAACCUGUCUAGUGGUCACAGCGCCGUCAGAGACAUGUCAAGGGAUGCUGCUCAUGGCGAAGGAGACAGUUCCUUCUCAGGCCUGAAACAAAAUGGCAGCCACAGAAUGGGGUGCAGGAGGCUUGGAGGGACCCCCCAAAGUGAGAAGAAGCUCUGGUUCUGGGCCAUUGCCCCGGCUCUCCUGGCCGCCUUGUGCUUUGGCCGCUCUCUGCUGGGAGAGUUCGUUCACGAUGACGUCUGGGCCAUACUAAACAACCCCGACAGCCGGGGGGAGACGCCGCUCAGGAACAUCUUCAUCAACGACUUUUGGGGCAAAGCUAUGAGCGAUAACACCAGCCACAAGUCCUACCGGCCCCUGUGUGUGCUGAGCUUCAGGAUCAACGUGUUCUUGGGCGGGUUGGAGCCGUUUUAUUUCCACGCUGUGAACGUGGCGUUACAUUGUACCGUAUGCACCCUGCUGAUGGUCACCUGCACUAGAGUGGUCUUUAAUGACAGAAGACAAGCCCUCGCCACGUCGCUUCUCUUCUCUUGCCAUCCCGUCCACACCGAGGCCGUUGCAGGAAUUGUUGGAAGAGCAGAUGUCAUGUCAUGCCUGCUGUUCCUCUUGGCUUUCCUGUCCUAUAUUAGGAGCGUGGAGGCAGAGCCAGCUUCAGACAGGUUGCCAUCUACUAAAUCUCCUUUCUUCUUAAUGCUAAGUCUGGUCCUCGGGACCUGCGCGAUGCUGGUGAAAGAGACAGGCGUGACGGUGUUUGGAGUCUGUUUGGUAUAUGACCUCCUGGUUCUGUGCCAGAGAAGAGUCAGAAGGUCCCCGUCUCCAGAACACCCUGUGAAUAUUUGGUAUGCGGCCGGUCCCUUCCUGAAGAGAGCGGCUUUGGUUUCCUGCCAUGUGGCUCUAGUUUUAUAUUUCCGUCUCCGUAUCAUGGGAGGUUCAAUGCCCUUGUUUUCCGAGCAAGACAAUCCCGCUUCCUUCUCACCUUACAUCCUGACCAGGAUUCUGACCUUUUCGUACCUGUUGGCUUUCAAUGCCUGGCUCCUUCUGGCUCCCAUCACCCUGUGUUAUGACUGGCAGGUGGGCAGCAUCCCUCUGGUGCAGUCUCUGUGGGAUGAGAGGAAUUUAGGGACGCUGCUCCUGCUCUGGAUGCUGUUGGCUUUGGGAUUCCACUGUUUGGCCUCUUCCAAGAGGAUGGAACAUCGUGAACUUCUGGUUGGCCUCCUGUUUCUGGUUUUUCCCUUCAUACCAGCGAGUAACCUCUUCUUCAGGGUGGGCUUUGUGGUGGCCGAGCGCGUCCUCUAUAUGCCCAGCAUGGGAUUCUGCAUCCUUUGCGUGCACGGGCUGAAGACACUGUACUCCCGCGCCGGACCUCGCGGAUCCCGCACCAUCACCCUCUGCUUCCCGUUCUUGCUGCUCCUCUUCUCCUGUAAAUCCGUUUCCCAGACCGAGUGCUGGAGAUCGAGAGAAGCUCUUUUCAGAUCAGGCGUCCAAACCCUUCCACACAACGCCAAAGUCCACUAUAACUAUGCCAAUUUCCUGAAGGACCAAAACCGCAAGGAGGAAGCUAUUAACCACUACAAGACAGUCUUACGAUUGUACCCUCAGCACCCCAGCGCCCUCAACAACCUGGGCACCCUAACCGCCAACGCAAGUGCCGCGGAGGACUAUUACCGCAGGGCUCUGGCCAUCAGCCCCGAGCACAGCCGAGCUCUCUUCAACCUGGGAAACCUUCUAAGAACUCAGGGUCGAAACGAGGAAGCCGAAGUGCUGUUAAGAGAGUCGCUCCUUCAUGGACCUUAUUUCUCGGACGCGUACUCCAGUCUCGGCUCUCUUCUAGCUGAUCAGAAGCGACAAAAGGAAGCUGAUGAGGUUUAUCGGACCGGGAUCAGAAACUGCCCCGAAAGUUCGGACUUGCAGAAUAAUUAUGGGGUUUUUCUGGUGGAUAUAGGGGCUCCCCAGAAAGCCGUGUCUCAUUACCUACAUGCAUUGCGGCUGAACCCUGAACACCACGUGGCCAUGCUUAACCUGGGACGCCUGUAUCGCUCUCUGGGUCAGAACGCGGAGGCUGAGAUGUGGUACAAAAGGGCAUUGCAGAUCUCUCGAGAUGUGGAUAUCAUCACCCCUCUUGGAGCUCUUUAUUAUAACACUGGAAAAUACGAGGAGGCACUGCAGCUUUACCAGGAGGGGGUGACGCUGCACCCAGACAACGUGCUGAUACGCCUAUCACUGGCACAAGUCCUGGCUGUGAUGGGUCAAACAGCCGAGGCGGAAGCCCUUAUUCAUCGGGUAGCGCUGGAUGUUCCGGGUUGUGUUGAAUGCUUCCGACUUCUGUCAGCCAUCUACAACAAGAAGGAUGACUACCUCAAGGCAUUGGAGAUGAUUGACAUAGCCCUGAAGAUGAACCCACAGGAUUCCAAAAUAACGUCCGAACUUCAUUUCACCAAAGGCAACCAGUUACGGGAACUGAACCGUUUAGAGGAAGCCUUCCAGAGUUAUCGGCUCGUGGCGGAUCUGAACCCGAGCCAAGCCCAGGCCUGGAUGAACAUGGGUGGAAUUAAACAUAUCCAGGGUGAUUAUACCUCCGCUCGGACGUUCUAUCAAAAAGCAGCACAGCUCGACCCUAACAGCAAACUACUGAAAGAAAACCUGGCCAAACUACAGCGCCUCGAAAGCAGAUUACAGGGAGCAAAGGGAAGAGAUGAAAGGGAGCAGAGCAAAGCAACUGGAAGACCUGGGACUGAAGGAACGGAGGCUAGAAAACACAGAUUAACCGGGGAGCCGUAGGAGACGCAGGGACAGCUAACAGAGAGAAGCCAGGAGAGCCAAAUAAUCCAGAGGAAAGAAGCGAGGACCAAGGAAGAAUCUUUACAAGAGAAAAGGGAAGGGAGAAAUAACCCAAAGG